AUGGCAGAAAAUAACCAAACUUUGAUCUCAAACUUCCUCCUUUUGGGUCUGCCCAUCAAGCCAGAGCACAAUCACCUGUUCUAUGCCACAUUCCUGGCCAUGUAUCUUGUCACUGUCCUGGGCAACCUACUCAUCAUUGUCCUCAUUCUACUGGACUCCCAUCUCCACACGCCCAUGUAUUUGUUUCUCAGCAACUUGUCCUUGUCUGACCUCUGCUUUUCCUCUGUGACCAUUCCUAAACUAUUACAGAAUAUGAAGAGCCAAGUACCCUCCAUCCCCUAUGCAGGUUGCCUGACACAAAUGUAUUUCUUCCUGUUUUUUGGAGACCUGGAGAGCUUCCUCCUUUUGGUCAUGGCCUAUGACCGCUAUGUAGCCAUCUGCUUUCCUCUGCACUACACCAGCAUCAUGAGCGCCAAGCUCUGUGUGUGCCUGGUGAUGCUGUCCUGGGUGCUGACCACAUUCCAUUCCCUGUUGCACACCUUACUCCUGACUAGAUUGUCUUUCUGUGAGAACAAUAUGAUCCCCCACUUUUUCUGUGAUUUGUCUGCUCUUGUGAAGCUGGCCUGCUCUGACACUCAUGUAAAUGAGUUGGUGAUAUUUAUCAUGGGAGGACUCAUUCUUGUCAUUCCAUUCCUACUCAUUGUCAUGUCCUAUGCACGAAUUUUCACCUCUACUCUCAAGGUUCCUUCUGCUCAGGGCAUCUACAAGGCUUUCUCCACCUGUGGCUCCCAUCUGUCUGUGGUUUCACUGUUCUAUGGGACAUCUUCAGCUCUCUACUUAUGUCCAUCAUCUAAUAACUCUCCUAUGAAGGAGACUGUCAUGGCUCUGAUGUACACAGUGGUGACUCCCAUGCUGAACCCCUUCAUCUACAGCCUGAGGAACAGAGACAUGCAUGGCACUUUAAGAAGAGCACUUUGUAAAAAAUAA